UCCCGUCAGACAACGUGAAACAUGGCGGAGGCGGCAACAUUUCAACCUGGUACUGGUGCUGUACCAGCUACCCUUGUGGAAUUAUCAGUGUCGUGUCGGAAACUCAUAGAUGCUGAUGUAUUUUCAAAGUCAGAUCCAAUGUGUGUAUUGUUCGUGCAGGAUGCAAGAAAGGCCUGGAAAGAGUCUGGACGAACAGAAAUUGUUUGGAAUAACCUGAACCCAGACUUCGUCCACAAGUUUGUUAUGCAGUAUUACUUCGAGCAGGCCCAGAAACUCAAGUUUGAAAUCUAUGAUGUGGACUCCGCCAGUGCAGACCUCAAGAAGCACGACUUUCUGGGAAGAUUUGAGUGUAGUCUUGGGGAGAUUGUUUCUGCAAACCGUCUGGUGAAGAAUCUCAUAGACCCCUAUGCAGAAGGCGGACCUAAGAAGAAGAGUGGCUCAAUUGCUAUUACUGCGGAGGAGCUAAGCAGCUGUAAGGAGCAAGCAACAAUGCAGUUUUGUGCUCACAAACUUGACAAAAAGGACUUCUUCGGCAAAUCCGAUCCAUUCCUGACACUUAACAGAUGCAACGAGGAUGGCAGUUUCACCAUCGUACACCGAACAGAAGUGAUCAAGAAGACACUGAACCCCACCUGGAAGCCGUUAGUUAUCCCAGUGCGGUCUCUAUGUAAUGGGGACCACGACAGGUCCAUCAAGAUCGAAUGCUAUGACUGGGAUGCGGAUGGAGGGCAUGAUUUUAUUGGGGAAUUCACCACCUCACUGCGGGAGCUGUCAAGGGGCAGAAUAGAACAAAAUAAAUAUGAGUGUAUUAGUCCGAAGAAGAAGGCAAAGAAAGGGAACAAGUACAAGAACUCAGGAGUGGUUGAGCUGAUGUCCUGCCAGAUUGCGAAGGUGUACACUUUCCUGGAUUACAUUAGGGGAGGGACUCGACUACACUGCACAUUUGCUGUUGAUUUUACCGCCUCUAACGGUGACCCAAAGACUCCUACCUCUCUGCACUACAUGAACCCCUACAGACCUAACCCAUACGCCACCGCUGUCCGUGCUGUCGGAGAUAUCAUCCAGGAUUAUGAUACUGACAAACUGUUCCCUGCUCUUGGAUUCGGUGCCAGACUACCUCCUGAUGGCAUUGUGUCUCAUGAGUUUGCAUUGAAUGGUAACCCCAACAACCCAUACUGCCAUGGCGUGCAGGGCGUGCUGGAUUCCUACCACAAGACUCUACACUCUGUCCAGUUGUACGGACCCACAAACUUUGCUCCAGUCGUCAACCAUGUGGCAAGCUUUGCACAAACUUCACAGCAAGGGGCUGACUACUUCAUCCUUCUCAUCAUAACUGAUGGCAUUAUCACGGACAUGCCCCAGACCACUGAGGCCAUCGUUAAGGCUGCCAGUUUACCGAUGUCCAUCAUCAUCAUUGGUGUGGGGGAUGCAGACUUUGACGCCAUGGAGGUGCUUGACGGCGAUGAUGUGCGGCUGUCGUCACGAGGACGGUAUGCUGAGAGAGACAUAGUACAGUUUGUGCCGCUGCGAGACUUCCUUGGUCGUAAUGGCGAGGAUCCCCAGUCUGUCCAGGCUAGACUCGCUAAGGAAGUGUUGGAAGAGAUCCCGGACCAGUUCCUGUCAUACAUGCAGCGCCACAAUGUCAAGCCCAAACCCCCGCUGGAGAGACGUUUGACCAUCACCUCCGUCAGCUCUCUACCCGUCUCCCAGCAGUGAGAUGGACUGGAGGAGUUAGACCUUGACAUGGAAAACAGCUGACACACAGGCUGGGUAGAGCACCUUCUUGUUGAACACUGCUCUUGAGUGGUCAUUGUAGAACAGAUUUUACAUAUUUGGGGAGCCUGCAAAACCAGAAUAUAAUAUUGUUUCUCAUUUUCAGAAGCCCCCAAGACAGGAAACUGUCUCCAGCAGUUGUAGAAUGCCUGUGUAGAGCGUGCUAUGUGACUAAGGCAGCAGUUUAGGGUUAUUUCACUCUUAUAUUAUAUGGGCUCCUCAAACAAGAAGUUGUGUUACAGGGUACAGUGCUCAUGUAGCGGGUUGACAUGUGCUAGUUUGCUGGUGUAGUGCAAUAUAUCAGUAGAGUAGUUGCUUGGAACCACUGACUGAGUCAAACUGAACUACACGGAUGAUAUUUUCUUGUUUAUCACCCGUGGGAAUGGAACAGUCAAAAUGGACAUAUGCUACUGAAGGGAUGGUAGAGCUUGUGUGAUACCUGACUUACUUUUUGAGCAGUGUAACCAUUUCCACCAUUAAAGCAGAGAUGUAGGAAACAAUUCAUUGACUAAAAUGAAUUAAGCCAGGAUUGUCAGGAAAUUAGUAAAUAUGGAAUUUCAACAUAUUUUAACUUUCAGUGAUAAUUCUGGUACAGUUGUGUGUACUUUUUUCAUGCAAGUAGAAUUGCUGGAUAAAGAAAUCAGUAUCACCCGUAGGACCAACUGUACUUGUUGCUUUGGCAGACUGUUAGAAGCUGAAACCCCUAAGUCAUUAAUACUAAAUGUUAUCAUAUUUCAGAUGCCACUACCAUACUGUACCGACAUGAGUUAACAUGUUACCAUCAAGAAGCUGCCAUUUUAAGUAAAGUGUGAUAUCUCUGACACAGUAAAUGUCCAGCUCACAUACUUAAAGCAGGAAUUUAGGUAGAUCCGUAUAUUCAAAUAUCUAUUGUCUCAUCUUACAGUAGGACUUUGAGAGCAAUGUCAAAACUACUAUUGUUGCAUAGUAUUAUGUAGUCUGUUCACAUAGCUGGGGUAGGGGGUGGUCAGUGUGACAGAGACUAAUCUGAUCAACAUGAGGAGUAUUACCAGUCGGAAGCAUCGAUUAAUAAAUAUUGCUGAUUGGAAGAAUUAUUAAUGAUUAUCGAUAUGAAAUUGGGUAAUUAAUAAUAUAUUACAUACACUAUUGUGAUGAGAUAUAGUUAUAAUUUACACACAUUAUACAUAAAGUUACGUCUGUUUAUGGACUGCUGCUAAGUUAUGUUCCGGAUGCUGUGUUGUUAGAAAUAAGUAUGUCACCACCCACCAGUGAUUUCACACUAUUUUGACAUUUAAUGCUCAUAGCUACUUCUCUGAUAUUUAUUGAUAACUGAUUGAUGUGAUCUAUCUGUAUUGAUACAUAAUUCCUCACUGCCAGGGAACAUAUCCGAUGUAUCUGUCGACUGGUUGACACCAGUGGUGUCUUAUUUCGGGGGAGUGUCUGCUUUACAUUGAUAGUGCUCCAGUUGUGAGCAUCCUUUUAGGUUUGUUUCUCUAGCAGAAGGAGAAAUAAUAGGACCAUAUUUUACAUCAACCUUAAAUGUCUAAAUGAUUUUAAAUUCGUAAUUUUGAGACCGAUCAUUUUCUUUUUGUGAAUGGGCUGAGUCAUGGAAAUGAUUACAAGAUAUUUGAUCAGAUUAUUUACCAAAUUUGAUAUUUGUUUCAUACAAAACUAUGAGUCCAAAUACAUUUUGUUAGGAAAGAAGCCAUCCAGCUACAAUGUGUUGCUUGUGGCAGACAAUUUCUCUUUUUUUUAACUGUGUGAAACAUUUGUUUUUCAAGCAUUCACUUGGACAGUUUUUGGGAGAAUGAACUCUGUCUUGCCUUCUCCCCCAGCCCCAUAUGAGAUGGCCAGUCCUUUAAUGCCAGUUUUGUGUGUCAUUUAGAAUACAGAAACCGCUUAGUGUUAAUCCACCACCACAUUGACAAAUGGUGUAUCAUUGAUGUUGAUCAUCAGAGAUCAGGCAGUUUGUUUCUGUAUCCUCCUCCUCAGGUCCUGCUUUCAUUACCUUACCUGUCAAUACACUUCUGUGAUUGCAGCUUCUUUUGGAAGAAUGAGGUAGAAUAAGCUUGAACAUGUUGCGAGUGUCACAACGUACAAGUCACAGUCCAGGGUUGUUAUUGUUAGUUAAAAGACUACAUUGUCAGUUGUCACAAUGAUGAAUUCAAUGUUGUGUUUCACGCUCAAUGCUGUGUGGACUUCCGUGAUAACCUUGACCUUGUUAUCCCUAGUUCAGAUGAGGUGUUGUGUUUUCUCCAUCACUGUUUAUUGUUGCAGCUAAUUUUGUACACCACUGUGAUGGCCUUGACCUCAUUGUUAGGCUUGACCCUGUUGAACGGGGUCAGGUCACACAGGUUUCAUCAAGUUUUCGUGUCACUGUAAAUUGGAAUCAUUUGGAAUGUUUUUUUAAACCUUUGCAUGACUUUACACAUUUUUAUGUACUUUUGAUAACAAAUGUAUUGGCAAAGAUCUGCUUCUUUUAAAAAAAUGGUCAUGAUUGCAGACACGCCAUUUUAUGUAUACUCAUUUAAAGUUCUUAUUCUGGUAAUGUGUAUUCAUAGAUAGAAAAAUAUAUGUCUCUGUUAUCUAAUAUUCCCGAGAUUUUACCCUUAUAUGAAAUCUAUUUUAUAUUUAACAUUUUUAAAAUGUGUUCAUUUGCAUAUGUGCUGCAUUUCUAAAGCACUGUUCAGUGACAUUUGUAGGGUAAGAGUGCUGGUUCUGACCCAGGUAGUUUGUUGCAAGAGAUAUAUUAUAGUAGCCAGUAGAAUUUCCCGGGGAAAACUGUUUAAACUGACAGUGAAGAGAGGUGCUGUGUUGCCUCGUCCCUGUUCAUGGAGCCAUGGAUUGCUUGUUAAAAUACCAGUAUAAUCAGCAUCUAACACCAUGUAUGUUUCAAACUAGUGAGCGUGCCAUCCUGUGCUGUCUUCCAUGUUACCAGUUGUACAAAUCUUACCAGUCAUGACAUUACCUCAAUUGUGUGCAUGUCAUUGUUACAUCCAGCUGAGAGAGGGAUGAACCUGGAUUUUAUUCUGACAAGUGAUGAAGCUUGUCUUGUGUAGUAUGUCAUUAUACAGCCCCCCUGUCAGACCCUCAGUAAAUAAUACUUAUUUAGCAUGGUGAUUGGUUGGUCAGAUAGUGUGAAUUAGCUGAUUGGCUGUCAUUCUAACCCGAUGAAGUUGAUCAUGUUUUCAGUCCUCAGGUUUUCUAGGGUUAUGGGGAUAAGAAUAGGGUUGGUCGGUAACCGGAUUGUGCUGUGGUACUCAUCCCACUGUUAUUGCUGCUGUUAUUGUGUGGGCUAAGUCUCACUUGUGUCACCAGUAAUAAUCAAGCUGUUGUUGCCAUGACAAUAUGCUGCAGUUGGGUUCAAACAGCCUUCACAUCCCUUUCCCACAAAAGUACAGAAAUCAUCAAACUCUGAUUUAAUCCUAAUGCUUCUUUUCUCAGUGUCCUACACCCAUGGACAGCUAACCGGAAGCCUGCUUCUUUUGUAUUCUUGUAAAGCUGUACAUGCUUUUAGAUAUGUUUUGGAACUUGUACCAAUGUUCUGGCAGUAAUUCUGUACCCUGGACUGUACGGUGGUCAGAAACAGUACAGUAGUUUCCACAGGAAACCAGGGAUCAGUUCCAACCCCACUGCUGACAAUUUUCGAACAUGACCUCAAAUAUUUGAGUUGUGUGUAUGUCUCUUGUGAUUGUAAAUGGCAAGUCUGUCUGAAAUAUUUUUCCAAGGGCCUUUGGUGUCAACCCUGCUUCCUGGGUUUCACUGUGUGCUGUCCCAGUCUGUCUGCCCUUGUUAUUUACCCAAGUGAAGUAUAUAUUGUAGACAGCUUUGUUGUGUAUCUUUAUAAAAUAUGUCAUUGAAUGAUGAAAGUUGUGUUUAAGGGUUAUUGCUGUGCUAUUAACAUGACAACUUAUUUUAACCAGGCACCCUUUUGAUCCGCCGAUGUAUGCCUAUUGAUGUAUGUUCUACACAGUAUCUAUGUAUGUAGCAUGUUUAGUGGCAGUGUUUCUGUACAUCACGUGUAUAAUACGAAAAUGUGCUGACUACCUAUAUCUGUGGCCACAUGUUACAGGAAUAGCUAUGAGAUUGUUAUGAGAUCUUAAGAAAAAUGUUGUUACGCAACCAGUGAUAUCGUAUGUUUUUUGCAUGAUUGUUUUAUGAUUAUAAGAGAAAUGUUUUUCACAAUAAAAUAUUCCAACUUUA